GUCUUUUCUGAUCCGACACAAAGCGUUGCUCACGUGGCCAUCGUACGUCACUUAGCCGCGCCCUCCUGCACCGCUGCGCGUCACGUUGCCAUGACAACGGCAGAGGCGUCCUGGCAACGGCGGCGCAUGCUAGCUACGUAGGAGCCGCUUGGGCCGCCAUCUUCUCGGGGUCGCGAUGGAGGACGUCGUGAAACCUCUGAGGAUCCCCGCUCAGAUGUCCAUCUACGCCGACCAGCACAACAUUCUCCACCUGGUGCAGGUGCGCCGCCAUCGUUCUCCUCGAGCCUUCCCGCUCUCGGUGACGUCGUUUCCUGCCGUUUCAGAGCCUGGUGUCCAGCCUGGCGGUGGACCAGCCCGACGACCCCAUCUCCUACCUGCUGCUGCUGCUGCGGGACAGCAGCGUGCACGGUGCGUGCGCACGAGAUGGCGCUGCUUCCCCGACAUGUUCUUCCAUGACGUGCGUGUGCGUGUGCGUGUGCGUGUGUCAGUUCCCAGGGUGGUUCUGCUGGGUCCGCCUGCAGUGGGAAAACACACGCUGGCCCAAAAGCUGUGUGCUGAUCUGGGAGCAGUUCACGUGACCGUACAAGGCUUACUGGACGACCAAUCAGAGAUCAGCGAACAAGCACGCCAAUACACACUCAGACAACAGGAGGUUCCUGAUGAGUUGCUGGUUCACUUGAUUCAAGAAAGACUCAAACAUUCUGACUGCUUCAACAAGGGUUGGGUGCUGGAUGGACUUCCUCAGACUCGCCUGCAGGCUCGGAGUCUCCAGCAGGGCGGUGUGAUCGCCAAGCACGUUGUGAUCCUGGAGGCUCCUGAGGAUGUUCUGCUGGAGAGGUAUCACGGCAGGCUGCUGGAUCCGCUGACUGGAGACGUGUACCACGACACCUUCCUCAGGCCGGACGACCACACGGUGGGGAAGCGCUUGGAGAAGAAAGGGUCUGAGAGUCAGCUGAUGGCCCAGCUGCAGCGUUACCGCUGUGAGGUCACGGGUAUAAGCUCCGCCUACCGCCACAUCUUGAAGACCGUGGACGCCGACCAGCCUCCUCUCCACAUCUACCACCAAGUUCUGGCCUUUCUCAGGACUCAGCGUCGUUCCAGAACUCCCAGAAUCCUCCUGUUAGGUCCGCCGGGGUCAGGGAAGACUCAUCAAGCCAAACUGCUGGCUGAAAAGUACAAGAUGGUGGACGUAUGCUGGACUGAGCUGCAAAGAUGGGCUGAAGCCGACCAGUCAGCUGUGGGAGAAGACGUGCGAUCACAGCCGCCUGCUGCACUGCCAGACUCCGUCACCCUUCAGCUCGUCCAAGAACGUCUGAGCCGAGUGGACUGCAGCUCCAGAGGAUGGAUCCUUCACCACCUUCCCUGUGACCUUCAGCACGCCCAACACCUGCAGCAGUCACCCAACUCACCCAACAGGGUCUUCUUCCUGGAGUUGACUGAUGACCUCUGCUUGGAAAGACUCACACUCAGAACCACAGACCCUGUCACUGGUCUUGGCUUCCACGCUGUGACUGGACCCGCUCCGGAUCCUGAGGUCCAGAACCGCCUGCAGAGCAGAAGUGAGGACAGCCCAGACACUGUCACACACACACUCAGUGUGUACAGGACACACACUGUAGGCCUGCAGUGCGUGUUCCCAGAAGGCGUGCACGUGGAUGCUGAUCAGGAUCCUCAGAGCGUCUUUGAGGUUUUGGAGAAACAUCUGACCAGUGACUGACAACACUCAGCGUGUGUGGGCGUGUCCUUUCACGUGCACGUUGACUUGAAGGCGGAGC